AUGGCCGGGUUCCAGGAUCUACCCGUCGAGCUCACAGUGGCAAUCAUGAAAUAUGUCGAUACACCGCAGGAUAUUUACGCCAUGACUCGCGCCCAUCCUUGGUUGUUACACUGCUUUCUCGACAACAGGAAGCAAGUGAUGACGCCGCAUACGACUAAGAUCUUGGAAUUUUGUGGGGGUUCUGUCUCAACUGCCUACUUGCUCGCGGCUCGACUCCGCCACGCCAAGCAGGACCCUGGGUUCAAUGAUCCCAGGCCACCGCAUCAUGAAUUUAUCAUCAAGUGGAUUCUGUGGUCUUGUAUCAACAGCAGCAAUACUCAUCAUCACGUGUCCCAUCGCGUCUCGCUGGCGGCCAUCUGCGCACUGUCGACUCUAGCCACCGAUGUUGGCUGGCUAACCACGAGCUAUAUCUCCCAGGCGCGGGAGCAAUUAUUUGGACAUCAUGGACGCCCAGAAGACUGGCCCGUCGUUUCUUCCGAGGAGCGCCUAAGGUUUGUCAACGCCGCCUGUCGGUUUGAGAGCUACGUCCAAGGCUUCUUCCACGUUGGGCAGCCCCUGUUUCCGAGGGACCUAGACAUUCGUUACCAUCUCUUUUCUCCGGGUUUUUGUGGUGCCGAAGGUGAGGACUGGGCCGAGGAAACUUUCUACUCAAUUGCCUAUUACAUUUACGAUCAACAUUGCACCAUGAUGCAAAACAUAAUGAGCUCUCUGAAGGCAAGCGAAACAUGCCUUAUCGAGGUGAAUAAGUACGUACACUACCUCACUACGCAAGGGCUGGGCAUGCUCCUCCAUCUUCAGAGCAUGGCGCUUCAAGAUCAGGUACGGUUUGUGCUGUGGACAUUUGAGAGCGUCCUGGACAGUCCACACCCCAACAUUCUCAUGGUUCACGGUAUUGAGCUAUACAGGAUUGGAACAGUAGAGAAGGACAGCUGGAAUCCAUGGGUAGGUUGUGAUGACGUUUUCGAAAUUACGCCUGACCAAUGGAAAUGGGCACAAUCAUUCUGGGAUGCUGAGCGGCACCUUCUCAUCUAG